UGUCGAAUAAACAAUCGCCAGAAAAUCGUGGCUGCGUACAGCUCGAAACUAAAACAACCUUGAAGCAAACGCACGCACACACGAACACACACACACACACACACGGUGGAGCCCUGCAAAAUGGAUGACAAUUUGAGCACCAAAUCCUCGGAAUCCUCGAUUACAACCAGCGGCGAAUACGAGAUUGUCAACGAUAGCAAUGUGACAACACCCUUGGAGCAGUUGGAGCCGCCGCCGCCGACGACAGCAGCAGCAACCGCUGCGACAGUUGUCGCAAAGGUAAACGAAUCGCUGAGCACGUUAUCCUUGUCGCCCGGCGGCGAUGCUAGCUGCGGCGAUCGUUCGCCCACACUGGACAUGGCGCACAAUCGCAAUCUCAGCGACAUUCAGCACGAAAUGACGGACGCAUUGCGUGACCUGCAGCUGGAACGCAACGCACUGGCCGCUGUCGCCGAUAAGACGCGUCACCAACAGCAACAGCCCCAGCAGCAGCAGCAGCAGCAGCAGCGAUCACAACAACAACAACAGCAAAAAUCAUUGACUUUGCCACUCGCUGGUCGCAAAACACAAACAGCCGCCGCUGGCGAUUCGGAGAUGCGUUUCAAAUGCAGCUUGUUCUCGCCCAAAGCCUGUGAUGAAUCCGAGGAUGCCUCCAAUUCGGAGCACAAUCGCGUGGGUCAGUCGGUGUUCUAUGACUGCAUCGAUGCCAGUCCGGCGUGCAUUGAGGAGAAACAGGAUGCCAUGAAGCCGGAGAAAUGCGAUACCACCGAUGAGGAAGUUUCAGAGAUCGAUCAGGGCUGUACCAUAUUCGCUGGUGUUACCUAUUUGGGCGCUGCCAAUAUCAAUGCGCCCAAGUCCGAGACGGAUGUUUUUCGCAUCAUGAGCGAACUUAACAGCGGCUCCAAAUCGGUGGGCCUCAAGAUUACCGUCAGUAUACCCAACUGUUCCGAUGGUCUGGUCGUUCUGCACGAUGCGGAGAGCAACACGAUUAUAGCCACCUAUGAAAUAUCGAGCAUUAUAUUGUAUUAUCGCGGGCCCGUGGAUACCGCUGAGAAUGGCUGCUUUGCCUUCACGUGGCUGCACGGUGAUGCUUUGUUCCAAUGCCAUGUAUUCCGUUGCCAUAUACCCGAGGCGGUGAAUCAAGUGAGCGCCUGCUUUCAGAAGGCCUUUCAGACCUAUGCGCCCAGCAUGAGCUGCAGCCUGACCUCGGCCGUGGACAUGGUCAACUCGGUGACAUCGGAUGUUAGUGGCAAUCCCUUAAAUACGGCUGGCUAUGAGUUUAUUGUCUCGCUAGAGAUACGCGAGAAGGUGGCCAAGAACUCGUAUGCGCCUGUGCCGCGUGAUCGCGGCUGUUUCAAGCUGCGCGCCAAUACGGACAAGGAGGUGUCCAUUACCGUCAAGCAGACGGCCUCGAAUGUGCUGCAGCCGCUGUACAUUGAGCGGUGCUUUGGCGUGCUUGUCGCGCCCGGCAAGCUUGUCGUGCAGAAGGAUAUGCAUCUAAUUGAUAUGCUGAACAUGGGCUAUGUGCCGGCACAGGGCGCGGGCAUUGAGCCGGAUACGGUGGGCGCUUGUCUCAAUGCCUAUGCCAUACGCGCCGAAUGGAAGGCCCAGGAGAAAGCCUUCGAACAACUCAAUCUGGAAACGUCCAAAACCAAUCUCACUGUAGCCGUAGACAUUGUAAUGCGCGGCAUACAGGAGCCGGUGCGCUUUGUCAUUGAGACACCGGUAACUAUUCAGUCGGCCAGCGACAUGCGCAUCAUGGAUCACUUUAUGUCCAAACGACCGAUGACGUUGCGCUUCUAUUUGCAUCUCAAACGCACCGAUGAGCUUAACUGGAAGGUGAACAGCAUUGAUCCAUCCGAGGAGAUCAUCGAGCCGCCGAGCGGCCAGCAGGGCUCCGCAUCGCUGCUAAAGAUGGGCAUGAACAAUUUAUCGCGCAUUGUGCGCAGCUCGUCCAUAGCCUCCAUUGAGGAUGAUUGCCCCACAGACUAUAGCAGCGAUGGUGAUGAGCCGCUGCUCAGCGGCACCGGUGAAGUGUCCAAGGAUUGUUCACAGGACACACUCGACGAAUGGGAUCCCAUUUUACGUGAAUGGGACAGCGAGAAACGACCCAAAAACUUGGCGCCCUUGGUGCGUCUGGGCGUACCGGAGGCACUGCGCGAAAAGAUCUGGCAGAAGCUGGCCAACGUGGAGGGCAAGGUGGAAAUGAAUGACAUGUACAAGAUUCUUAUCACCAAAGAAACCAAAUGCGAGACAGUCAUACAACGGGACAUACAUCGCACCUUUCCGGCGCACAAGUGUUUCAAGGAGAGCGGCGGCUCCGGUCAGGAUGCCCUCUUCAAGGUAUCCAAGGCGUAUGCCGUCCAUGACAGCGAGGUGGGCUACUGCCAGGGCCUCAGUUUCAUAGCAGCCAGCCUGCUGCUGCAUAUGCCCGAGGAGGAUGCCUUCUGCGUGCUGGUCGCUCUUAUGUACGACUAUGGACUGCGUGAUCUCUACAAGGCCGGCUUUGAGGUGCUCUAUUUGCGACUCUAUCAGCUGGAGCGCCUAAUCAAGGAUCAGCUGCCCAAGCUGCAUGAACAUUUCACAGCCUGCGGCAUUGAGACGCACAUGUACGCCUCCCAGUGGUUCCUAACGCUCUAUACGGCGCGUUUUCCGCUCUGUUUUGUAUUCCAUGUGCUGGACGUAUUUCUGCUGGACGGUUUGCCUGUACUCUUUCAGGUGGCGGUGACAUUGCUGUCAAUCUGCGAAUCAGAUCUGCGUCAGCUGGAUUUCGAAGGCAUACUCAAGUAUUUCCGGGUCACGUUGCCCAAGAAGUGUCGCAGCUCGAGUCAGGCGCGCAAGGUCAUGAAGCAAGCAUGCGAGCGCAAGAUCAAAAAGUUAAAGCAGUACGAAGAGGAGUUUUUGCUAAAGAAACAGCACAAGGAGCGUCUGGAGAAGGAGGCGCAAAUCUACGAGAAUCGUUUCGGCGAGGAGCGCCGCAAGCUGCAGUCAGAGAUUGAGGCACUGACCCAACAGCUGGCUGGCGCCAACGAGCGUGCGGUGGACAAGGAGAAGAAGCACACCGGCAUUAUACAGGAAUACAAGCAGAUCAUACAGCGACAAGAGCAGGAUAUGAAUACGCUCAACGAGACGUUGGGCAAGGUUAUGCACACGGUUUCCAAAUGCUCGCAUUGCUUGCAGCAAAUCGAUGUGGGCAAUGACAAUGCCAAGCAACAGCUGGCGCCAGGCUGCAGCUCAGAACGUCACCCACAUCCGCUGCGCAAUGCGAAUGAGCCGCCGCUGGGUCCAUUGGAUCCACUAAAUGUCGCUGCACAGCGCAUACGCGAACUGGAACUGGAGCUGGCACAGGCCAAGCUGGCGCAGGUGGAGGCCGAAUGCAAGAAUCAGGACUUAAAUCAUCAGCUGAACAACACACUCAGCGAACUGCAAACCAAUCGCAACAGCUGGCAGCCCUGGCUCUCCAAGACAUUCAACUCGCUGCAGGAGAAGGUGAGCACGCGCAGCGGCAACGCUCAGCGCGCCGAUCAACCCGGAGCCACAUUCCAGUCGUAUACGGGCCAGGCGGCGACCACAGUCAGUGAGGCCAGUUCGCCGAGCGCCCAUCAGGAGUACAAAGCCUUUGCAUUUGCUUCGGUUGGUGGCUCCCCGAAAUUGCCGACUAAAUUUCAGGCCACCAAAUUGCGCAACAGCAUCGACAGUUUGCGCAAUAUUGUUGGGCCGCUGGAGACGGGCAAAACGCUGCUCGCCGAGAAUCUCAAACAGCAGCUGCAAUCGCAACCAUAGACAUCGUCUCACUCAAUAUAUCUAGAUAGAUGUAGGCGGCGCCUGGCUAGCAGGCAGUCCUAAACCCUUGAUAUUAUCGUAUUCGUCUAUAUAUAUAUAUAUAUAUACUUUAUAUAUAUAUGUUUACUAAUUGUAGUAUUAACACACACACACAUAUAUAUAUAUGUAUGUAAUUUUGCGCAUUCCUUGGUUUCUCUUUGGAAGAAUUGUUUUCUUUUUGCACGUUAAACGCACCCAAGCUUGUCCAACUGUAAGUUGCGUACAGUUUGACAUGCACUGCUGCAAACACAUACGCUAAAACCUUUAAUAAUAUAUAUAACUAUAUAUAUAUCAUAUAAAAUACCAUAUAAAUUAUCAAAGAA